AUGUGGUGGUUCCCGACAUCGCACGCCGCGGGCGCGGAGGACGCGUCCUCGUCGCGAGAUCGCGCGGAGACGGAGACGGCGUCGAAGGCGGCGACGACGGCGGCGGCGACGACGGCGGCGGCCGACGAACCCGAUCGCGCGCCGGAUGCCGACACGAAGAAGAAGGAGGGCGGAGACGGCGCGAAGGCGGAGGAGGAGGAGGAGGAGGAGGAGGAGGAGGAGGAGACGUGCGGGUUCUGUAAGUUCAUGAAGGGCGGCUCGUGCAAGGCCACGUUCGUGAAGUGGGAGAAGUGCGUCGACGCCGCGAAGGAGCGCGACGACGAUUACGUCGCGGAGUGCGCGAAGCAGACGGAGGCGCUGCGCGACUGCAUGCUCGCGGAUCCGGGGUACUACGGCGAGAUGCUCCCGGACGAGAAAGAGGACGACGACGAGAAGGGCGGCGACGGGAAGAAGAAGGAGAAGGAGGAGGUCACGGAGGAGCCCGCGGCGAAGACGCGCGCGGAGAAGGCCCUGGGGAAGUGACGCGACGCCCAUUAAUAAAAACGACAGUCUCCCCGCCCGCGCGCGUCGUCAGUCCGAAUCCGAAUCGCUCGCGUCGGCGAACCCCGCGAACCCCCCGCCCGCGGCGCGUCGCGCGUCUUCCUCGCGCUUCUUCGCCUGCUCGCGCUCCUUCGCCUUCCCCUUCAGCUGCGGCGUCGGCAACGCCGGCCGCGCCUCGGCGCGCUUCUUCUUCUCCUUCUCCGCGAUGGACUCGUCCUCGAACCCGGCGAAGCGGCUCGACUCGUCAGGGUCCUUCUUCUUGUGCGACGUGAGCAGCUUCGACGCGCUGGGGGCGUUACCGCCACUCGCGGCGGCGAGCCUCUGUCGCCGCGCCUCGCGCUCCUUCUCUCUCGCGGCGCGCUGCGCGUCGGUCUCGCCCUCGCGGCGCCGCGGCGGCCUCGGCUUGUCCGCCGCCGCCGCGGGGGUGCUCGGCGCCGACGAGAGCGCUGGCGACGGCGGCUCCGACGCCGCCGACGAGAGCGCCGGCGACGGCGGCUCCUCCUCCUCCUUCUUCACCUUCUCCGCGGCUUCGAUCUCCGACGACGUCGCCGGCGCGUCCGCGAGAGGCGCGCACGGCGGGGACGGCAACGUCAAGUCGCCGUCCGCCUCCGCCUCCGUCUCGCCAGCGUCGUCCGGCUCCGGCUUCGUCUUCUCCGGCGUCGUCUCCGGCGUCGGCGCCGCGCUGCUCGCGGCGGAUUUCAUCUCGUCGAACCCGUGACCACCACCGAGCGUCGCG